AUGAAUCCGAUGAUGAAAGACCCGGCAGCCGGCAUCCCGCCGCAGCUGUUGCCCCAUCUGCAUCUGGUCUCUAAGUAUCGCUACCCGAUCACGAGCAACCCGGCCGUCGACACCAUCGUUGGAUACCUCCUGGAAGCGCCCAAGAUCGUGCGCGACCUCCAGCCCAUGCAAUGGCAGUUCAUCGACACUCCGGCGGACGGCACGUUGAUCCUCGAGUGGCAGCCGCUCGAAUACCUGGGCACAAGCUAUGCCAGUGAUGGCUUCAUCUGGGCAGAUGUGGAACAUGUGUACAAAUCCGAAGUUCGGGGAUAUACUCUGGAAAUGUUUCUGCAGAGAGCGGGCUUUCGAGCCACGGGCGAGAUCAUGGCUACACACUGCAGACGGCGCUAUCGACUACUUCCUGGGAACCCGGCCCAUGGCCUCCCAAACCCCGAUCCCAGCUUAUGGCUGACGCACUACUCCAAAGCCUCUCCACGCGACCACGUCCCCGCCGCCAACAUCCCGAUCAUGCCUCAUGUGCACGCGCAACUGCAACAGCGUCGCAUGAUCCAGAGCCAAGGACAGCUGCCCCGAAAAGAGUUUAUGCUGCACGAUCGGUCUAACUGGCCCACGAUGCACUUGCCUCCCGGGGUGGCCAGAGGACCGCCUCAAGGGCACAUGCCACCCGGGGUCGGUCACAGAAGGGGUCCGAGCAUGGCCCCAGACCCAACGGUGGAGGACGAAGAAGACGUUUCUCGCGGGGACUUGCUUGAUUUCAUGUCCCCUCGAGACAUCAGUCGCGUGCGCUAUGAGCAACACCAUGAAUGGAUGGAGGAGGUGAUCGAAUCGCCAUACCCCACUCUCUCCAUCAUUCCCAGUGAGUUGGGUUUUGGACGGAAGGGCCCGCUGGAAGAACUGACCAAAGACUUUUUCGAUGCGCCCGUGUCGGUGGCGCGAGAGUCGAGUGACGGGCCGCCGCCACGAGUUGGUAAAAUGCCUGCAGGGCGCGCCGAGGACUUCUUCAAGCGCGCUUCGGAAAAACUCGCCAAUAUGCAAAAGGAACUGGAAGAAAUGAGGAACAGACACGCACGGAGAAUGGAAAAGUUGCGUCGAUCCACGAAAUUGACGGCGGCCGAGAAGAAGCUGCGAACGGUGUCGGAUGGGGCCGAGAGACCCAGUAUCUCGAAAGACGGGACCUCAGCCGAUGCCGACACCGUCUCGCGUGAUGCGAUUGACGAAAUCAUGGAAUCAGUCGAGUCGGUGGUGGGCCAGAAGCUGACCAAGACCAAUACGGUCAAGCUCAUUUCACGAGGAGGUUUAGAGGAGCGAACCAAGGUCGCUGCAGUCCCAACUGUGCCUCAGCCUCCGGUGGUUACUUCACCGCCGCCAAGUGUUCACCCUCUUCCCAGUGCAGAGAACGUCAGCACCCAGCAACCUCCACAGCCACAGCCACCGGCACCGCCACAACCACGACCACAAACACAGCCGGCCGUGACGCCCGUGGAGGAGCCCAAGCAAGAGCUGCAGGACACCCCUGUAGCCACGGGCGAGUUGCAAAGCCAAGCGACCGCGGAAACACUCCCCACACCACCUGAAGCCCCAACGGCGUCGUCGACGGGUCCGGAACAGCAGCCUGAAGCAGAUGCCAGCCAGCAAGUCGAAGAGCUUCUGCAAAUGGACGAUAUCGUCACGGACGUGAACAUGGAUGGUAUGGAUGACCCCACCGAUCAUGGUGACCAUGCCCACCAAGACGCCGACGAGUGGGUCAUGAUUGGGGAAGACGGAGGCCAGAACGAGCUGGAAAUCCCGGAAAUGCCAGAGGACGGUCACCAUGAUCAAAGCCCCGUGGUGGAGGACCGUGCCGACAACCAGUCUCAUGGGCCGAGCACCGAUCAGCCUCAGCAAGCCCCAGCUCAGGCCCCUCCCGAUGGGGCACUGAACACUCCUGAUUUCGGGAUGGGAGGGGAUUUUGACAACAUCGAAGUGGACACGGCAGGGGAUGCGCUUGCCAGUUAUGACCACGACGACGAUCUGAACCUGGACGGCAUGGAGGGCUCGGCGUUUGGAGACGCCUUCCACCCAGAGGACGACGAGGAGAUUUCGUAG